AUGCUACUACUGAGCAGUCAGGCAACGGAGCGGACUAUCCCCGGGGCCACAAGUAAAGCUGUAACAGCCCACCAGUCAGGAGGAGGUAAGACCACGGUGGACCACAUUUCUGUCAUCCUGAACGGAACUCUGGGCCGUGAGGAGGUGGGUUCGAAGGUGGUGGCGGGCCUGGCCGCCCGAUACACCGCCCUGGAGCAGAGUCAUCCUGCAGCCGGGAGCACUAGGGCACGACCACAGGCGCUGCAGGGGGAGGAGGGACGCUUCAGCCUGGGCAGGACACAGCAGGAUCUUGGCAGGUGGCCCUCCCUGAGCCGCACAGGCAGAGUGGAGAGGAGGAGGGAGGAGGCAGUGCAGGAGGAGGAGGAGGAGGUAGAAAAGGAGGGGGGAAGAAAAAUGACGACGAACCGGUUUCUCCAACUCCAACAGCUCUCCAGUAACUCAGCAGCUCCAGCAGCAGCCCAACCUUCUCAGACAGAUGGUGAGACUGCAGCGGUAGGAGUAGAGGUAGAUGCAGCCACAGCAGCUCCAGAACAACAGAAGACCCAGGUAGAGACCCAGGGACAGGACUUUUCUCCCCAGUCCGAAGGGCCUCUCCCUGGGCAUCAUGGUGGUGUUCUGGCUGGUGGUUGCUGUCUACCCCGGGCUGUGCUCCGCAGGAGGCCAUCCCAGGACAGUCCUGCGCCACACAGCAGGAGUGUGGUGAGCAUGUAUGGCGCCCCAGCCAGACAGCAACGAGGCUCGCUAAGUGACCAGGACAGAACAGACAAAUCCAGGAGGCCCAGGAGUGUGUGCAUGCUGGGAGGCCCCAACCUCAACCCUGCCCUGUUGCAGCCCGGGUCCCACAGGUCCCACUCCCAACAGACCUCCAGAAGGGGGGCUACAGGGUCACUGGACGGUCCCCCCCAGCAGUGCUGGACCAGAAGGGCAGAGCUGCGGGCGGUGGACGGCCUCAAGCCAGGGAUCCUCCCUCAACGGACGGUGGCUGAGGAGAAGGAUUUCCCCAGGGUCCGGCAGCAGACCUGGAAACAGAGACCGGUCAGUAUGACAAUGUUGGAGCUGAGGAAGAAGGCCUCUGGGUCCCAAGACGAGCUGGACAGCCAUAAGGGAAGCCAGGGGGGAGGUCUGUUCGGCCGCUGGAGGAUGUUUGGCCGACCAGACCAGGACAAGGAUAAGGAGCAGGAGGGAGCCCGAGCCCCAGGCUCCAAGCCCCCCAGCAGGCCGGACGUCCCCAAGAAGACCCUGAGCUCCUUACGCCGGAGUCUCAGUAUGCGGAUCAGGAGGAACCGGCCGCGGGAGAGAGUGGAAAUAUCUGAAGUGACAGCAGAGGAACGCUCACGGACCAAAAGUAUCGGGCAGGAGACAUCUCUCCCCUCGCGUCCCUUCUCCUACCUCACCGGGAGGAGCCUGCCGCCCGCUUACGAGAAGGACAAUGAUGGAGGGAUGCAGAACAUUCAGUACCACAGCCAGGGCAAGGUCAAGGUGAUGGAGGUGCCACUCUACCCAGCCAAACUGUCCUCCUCCACUAAACCAGCCCAUGAGGAGCCCAGCGUGUGGCAGCUCAUAGCCAGCCGCUUUAGGAGGAAGGAGCAGCAACAGCCGUCCAAUGGUAAAUGUGAACUCCAGCCCCAACCCCUGAGCAAAGAGACUCAGACUGGCAAAUAUCCCCUGGCUGGGAGUAAAAAGCCUCAGUCGGUUGCCAUAGAGACUCUGGCAGGCAUCGACUGCAGCAAAGGUCAAGGUAAGAUUCCCUGCAAGAUCGAAUAUAUUCCCCAGCACUUACUGCCCCUAGUUCUGUACAGCCAUCCUCAACCACUC